AUGCAGCGAUGGUCCAAACUGUAUCUGAAAUACCCCCAUUCUCGCUUACAGGACCAAAACCUGGCCCUGGCCCCGUUCCUCCUACCCGUGCUGCAACUGACCCACCCCCACCGAGAAGACCACUCCCCGGACCACAACCAUACUACACCUCUCUGUGGACCCCUCUCUGGAUGCUUGUCGUGUGACAAAUUUGACACCAUCACUCUGAUCCAGCAGGAGCUGCACUUGUUCAAGGACGGCCAGUACUGGAAGGUGUCGCAGAAGAAAGGGAUCAAGGGUCCUUACCGCACCUCCGAGACGUGGCCUGCCCUCCCCUCCACCAUCGACUCCGCCUUCGAGGAUCUGCUCACUAAGAAACUCUACUUCUUCUCAGGCCACCGGGUGUGGGUGUACACUGGGAGCAGCGUGCUGGGGCCCUGCAGCCUGGAGAAGCUGGGCCUGCCUGGCAGCCUGGAGCGUGUGGAGGGAGCCCUGGAGAGGGGCAAGGGCAAGGCCCUGCUCUUCAGCAGGGAGAAAUACUGGAGGCUGGACGUAAAAACCCAGACCAUCGACGAGGGCUACCCACGCGAUGUAGACCAGGACUUUGGAGGUGUACCCAUCGAUGCUCACGAUGUCUUCCUGUACAAAGGACACACCUACUUCUGCCGCGAAGGUUUCUAUUGGAGGAUGAACUCCCAAAAGCAGGUGGACCAGGUUGGCUACAUCAAGUAUGACGUUCUGAAGUGUUCUGUCCCCUCCCGCCGCCAUUGGUGAGGACGACUCCCCCCUUUGCAGAUCUCUUCAGAAUAAUUAACUGGCGUUGAGCAUUUUGUUACCCCUGUGGGACUUAACUGUGUCGUAUCAGCUGAAAAGCCUGACGAGACAGUUUGAGAAUGACACGUUGCACCUGCAAUUCCUGAGGUUUGAAUCAUCGUCUUCGAUGAUAUGAAAUGGGAAUAUUUGGCCUCAUGCUCAAGGAAAUUUCAGAACAGUGGUAACCAACCCUGCGUCCUGUAGGUUUUCACUCCCACUCUAGCAAAGCACACCUCUUUCAACAGCUAGAGGUCUUGUUCAGCUGCUUAUCAGUAGUGUGCCAAAUUAGGAUUGGAAUGAAAACCUGUUUGAUCUCCAGAAACAGGGUUGGUUACCAAUGUUUCAGAACAUAGCACUUGAAAUAAAAUAGUUUUUUAUCUGUUCUUUUAAAGUCAAGAUUUUUUUGUUUGUCACUUUGAAAGGUACAGUGACACAUUACCACAUACGUAUGUUUUGCACAAUUAUAUAUCACUGUGAUUUAACAGUGGACAUUGCCUGUCACAACCAUCAGGCUCUCUGAUUGGUCACAAAAACAAUGCACCAUAAUAUGUGAAUGAACUUUUUUCUCACAUACUACCACAUGUCUGAUUCAUGGCAAUAUUAAGUAUUUCUAAAUCUAUACAUGUGACCAAAUAUGUGUUUUUGGAUGAAACACAAAGACCAAAGAGCAAAAAUAAUUGUUUCAAAUCUGUGAAUGACAAUUUUGCAAUAAUGUUGCAAAUUAUUCAUCUGACUAUCAUUGACAUUUUCUCCAGUGGUGAGAAAGUUAAAUCAUCAAUUCUUACAAAUAUGUACCUACAUAUUGUUUAAUAAUUCUUAUUGUUUGUACUGAAAUUAAAGUUUCUAAUUCAGCAGACCGAAUUCUCGGUCUGUUUCUACUGCUUUUAACCUGUUUGCCUGGAGCAAACUCUAAAUCAUUUGUCUGCUUUGAAAGCCUUGAUUAUUUAAAUUGUUUAUUUUAUUUUAUUUGAGUCUUAUCAUAAGCAUUUUUUCUUCUUAUGCUCAUGAAAACUGCCUCAAUGCACUGGAAGGCAUAUUAGAAUCUCAGUCCAAUAUUAAGUUAUUUUAUAGCUCAAGGGAAAUGUUGUCACUUUGUAGAACUGCAAGUUCAAUAAACAAGCCAUUUAAAUACC